AUGGGGACAGGAUCUGAUACCUUCCCUCGCGGGCUGGAGAGCCUCACACCCGAGCUUCUCUCUCAAAUAGCUCUGUUUACUAUUUGUGACCGUUUCAAAGCUGGCCCACCAUCACAACUUCUUCCUCUGUCACUGAUCAGCCGAUCUAUUUAUCGUGCACUUUGCCUCAACGAUAACUACCCGCUUUUGUCUCAGGUGUUCGGUUUAAAAUUUGACCUUAGUUCCUGUGGCCGACGAUUCGGAGUUAACUACCUAACCACGGUGGACUUCUCCGUCGAGCUCAAGAAACGCUGUCAAGCACUGAAACGCCUUAGAGCAGGAUGUUUCGAUGACACUACUCUUGUGGAUGACUUGUGGACCGCGCUUCUGAUGAUGUUUGAGAACGACGGGUUCAACGAAGUGCACCUGCUCGAUUGGGUUGGUCUUCAUAGCCGCCUGCUUGACAUAUUGCGGAAGCUGCAUGCCCAGACGAGUGCGUAUAAUUCGUCCGUCUGGUCACUCACAAUCUGGCUUCUUUGGAUGACUAGUGAUGAAGCUUCGCUUCGCGCAGAGGUUCCAUUCGACAGAGAUCUUUUAAUGUCCGCUCUCCAACCACUUGUGAUUGCAGGGAAUCGCCAUGAGGCCUUCUGCGCACCUGAGGCCUCUUUUGAAUGUCGGAAACUUCAUCUCUUAACAACCAAAUGCAUGCCAAUUAUCCACUACAAUCAAUCAUUGUUUCUUCGUAUACCGUCGGCACCUCUCGCUGCCUUUCUGGCGAGCACUGCAAGGCUUGAUUUCGACCAGCAAUGCGGGAAAGUCGUGGGUGGAUGCUCCCUCUCGCUCCCACGAAGCAGAGAAGUUGCAAUCGCCCUUGGUAUUACCGGACCCACCAUUGAAGACAUGGAGGAACUAGGCAAAAUUGCGCGAGUCGCGAUUCGACGCCGUGCUUCGACCACAGGGAGUACUCGAGAACACAAUCUCGAUGAUUCGCCGAGCAAAUUCCUAGACAUUGACUGGUCGCGUAUGAUGUUAUUCGAACAUUCCAGUCAGACUGCCCGUCAUGGGGAGGCGUUCAGAGGACAAGCGUACGUGCCUGGGAACUUGGCGGGCCCCUGGGCUGGGAAGUUCAUGGUACCGGAAUUACAGGCUUACCGCGCUCUUCUUGCUGACUCUGCCGAUUUUCCUUCUUCGCGGAUACCCAUGUAUCAACGACCUCUGUACAUGCGUCUGCGGGAGCACCACUGCCUUUCGGCUGAAGCCAGUAUUUCCUAUAACAGCGACCGCGGAGAAGAUUUUCUUAAUGCGUGGCUGCCGAGGAGUUGUUCCUAUCGCGAGGAUGAAGAUUCGGCUCAGUUAGUAGUGUAUGACAAACUGUCCCGCAGAAGAGUCAAAUACCAUACACUCGUCCCCGUAUCCGGCUUUCGGGAUACACCUGGCUAUUCAGACCACCGUUUGAAUGGUUCUGAUUCGAAGCACCAUUCUAUGGGCUACAGAAACGUGCAUGCUGAAGGCUUUGGAACACCGGAACAUGUCAAAGAUAUUAUAGUAACUGGCGAGACAGAUCCGCAACAUGGCGAUGCAUGGGGCCACUUCAAGGUGCUAGGAAGAGUUCGACCCUGGGACGGACUUGUAGCUCUUCUCCGCAGUCCGGCGUUUUCUGAUGAAUCAGAAUUGGGAACUUGGUUGUUCCGAGGAUAUAUCGUUGGAUCUGGCAUGCUCGUUGGCCGUUGGCGAGAUGCAACUAGCAUGAAUGGCGCCUCUGAGCUUGAAGGCCCUUUCUUUAUGACGAAGCAGUGA